ACAAAAGACUGAGAGCGUUACGCUUCUUCUCUUUUCAAUUUUAAUCUUCAAAUACUGGCACACAAAUUACUUCUCAAUUUUCUACACAAUUAUUGAUGAAAUUGUGAAAUCCUUAUAAUACAAUCAAAUGGCAACCAAAUGGCUGGUUUUCUACCUAUUAUCAGGAUUUUCUAUGGCUGUUUUUCCUCUCUUUAUAAUUACUCAUUACCAAGAAAAUCAUCAGCAACUUGGGAAAAAGUUUCUUGUUUCUUCUCUUCAUUCUACUCUUUCCGAAACCCAGAAAGUUUGGCCUAAAUUGGAAUUUGGAUGGAGGAUUGUUGUUGCAACGAUAAUUGGAUUUCUGGGUUCAGCGUUUGGAACCGUUGGAGGUGUUGGUGGUGGUGGUAUUUUUGUUCCAAUGCUUACUUUAAUUGUUGGGUUUGAUACCAAAUCUGCUGCUGCUCUUUCCAAAUGCAUGAUAAUGGCAGCAUCAGCAUCAUCAGUUUGGUACAAUCUAAGAGUGCAACAUCCAUGCAGAGAUGUGCCAAUUUUGGACUAUGAUUUGGCUCUUCUUUUUCAACCAAUGCUUAUGCUUGGUAUCACUCUUGGAGUUGCUCUUAGUGUUGUCUUUCCUUAUUGGCUAAUUACUGUACUCAUCAUCAUUCUUUUCUUAGGCACGUCAUCCAGGUCGUUCUCUAGGGGGAUUAUGAUGUGGAAAGAGGAGACUAUAUUGAAUACAGAAUUGACCAAGCAACAGAAUACUUUUGUUAAUUCUCGUGGUGAACUUUUGAUAGACACAGAAUAUGAGCCAUUGUGCCCUAAAGAAGAAAAAUCGGCCAUGCAAAUUAUGUCGUUUAAUCUAAAUUGGAAAAGAUUACUACUCCUGGUUAUUGUGUGGGUUUCUUUUGUGCUCCUUCAAGUCCUAAAGAAUGAUGUUGCAGCCUGUACCACAUGGUAUUGGGUGCUUAACCUUAUUCAGUUUCCUGUAGCCUUUGGAGUUUUUGGGUAUGAAGCUGUAAAGUUGUAUGAAGAAGGCAGGAAGAGGAAGAUAACUGGGAACACACAGUCAGUUUGUGAAGCUUCAAUUGAAUUUACACCCAUAACACUCUCAUUUUGUGCACUUUGUGGAUUACUUGGAGGCACUGUUGGUGGUCUUCUAGGAUCUGGGGGUGGAUUUAUUCUAGGUCCAUUGCUUCUUGAGAUUGGUGUAAUUCCUCAGGUAGCAAGUGCCACUGCGACUUUCGUGAUGCUGUUCUCCUCCUCCUUGUCAGUGGUGGAGUUCUACUUUCUCAAAAGGUUCCCAAUUACAUACGCCUUGUACCUUAUGUCGGUUUCACUUCUAGCCGGCUUUUGGGGACAAUACCUCGUAAGGAAAAUGGUUGUGUUUCUGAAACGAGCUUCCCUCAUUGUCUUCAUCCUCUCCGCGGUCAUUUUCGCUAGUGCUCUCACAAUGGGAGUAAUUGGAAUUGAAAAGACCGUUCAUAUGAUCAACAACCAUGAGUUCGUGGGGUUUUUAGAUUUCUGCUCAAACCAAUGACCUCAGUUGAGUUCAUUUGUUCCUUUGAAUUCGUAUAUAAAUCUUAAAACUUGAAUAAAAUUCGUAAUUAAUCUGGUAAUUAAUUUGGUUGAUGAAAAUAUAUUUGUUGGUCAAUGUCUUAACUUUAUCGGAUCAUCCUUGUGAAAAUAAUAAAGGAUGAUUUUUGUUAGAUUUGUAGUUUAAGAUAGAUUGUAAUUAGGUUUUGUUUCUUAAUGUUAUACUUCAUGUUUGCUCCAUGCUUUUAUCAAUGUAUAUAGGGAGAGCUCAUGAGUUUACCUUAAAUAAAGUGAGUAAACAAUUUUUUAAGAUGUAGUUUGCCUAUCAAAUGAGAUCGGAUUACAGUUUACGAAGCACAUCAAUGAGCGGAGAUGAAGAAGAUGAAGUGUCACACUCCAAAAUACUCUUUUAGUCCAAUACAAAAAUCGACCAAACAAUGUGCCCAUGUCCGACUAUUUAUCGACCAUUACCAAUGACUUGUCGUUGGUCUUCUGUUGUUUCUAUUGAGCAACCAAAGUAGUGAUUGGAAAUUAUCGACCAUUGUUAGUCCGAUCAGCAACCACAAACUAGUGAUCGGAAUCGUAGAUAGAUUCUUUGGUUGGAAAUACCAAACAGUUAUAACUGUUCGGUGAUUAACUCAUUUUCAUGAAGAUCGACAGUCCUGUAUGCUCCAUAGUAAUCUAUAACAUGCACCACAUUUGACAUGAACUUAUCAUGAAAACGUAUUCUUUUUUAUCUUCUUGAAAUGCAUCAAACAU